AUGAUUAAAGGGCAAAAAUUCCGUUUUGCAGAUGACCGGAAAUUUUUUAAUUUUUCCAAUACGUGGUGCUACAAGGAGGAAAAACAUCUCAAAGCCGAAAAGUGGGAGAUUGUGGACAAUAAUUACCAGAACAACACCAACGAUAAAAACUUCACCCAUCUCUUCACUUUCAACAUUAUGCCAAUAAAAGCGAUGCGUCAAAGUAUGCAAAACCUUUUGGGAGGCUGUAAGAAAAAUCCAGCAGAACCAGGCUGUGAUAAGGACGCAACAUUGUUGAAAUGUGACAAUAUAAGCAUUAAAUUUGUAAGGAAAUUUCCUCUUCCCUCAUAA